AUGGCUUGCUGAAACUCUCAAAUCUUGCAGAUUUGACUGGUGCGAAACCUACAAAAUGUCCAUUAUAACGAAUAACUUUGUCUCCUGAAGCAUUACUGUGGGAGAUUAUCGAAUUUUAUUAAUUAAUUUCAUAGUUUUAUUACUUAAUUGAUGCGUGGUAACGUUGUGAAGGCUGAGUUAAAGUGUCAUUAGUUGUUUACACAGGGCUGAGCCGUCAGCCUCAGCUAGCUGCUUUUUGUAUCCAAGCAGGAACUCCGGUUUGUGCCGGAGCCUAAAUCAAGCGCUCCUUUAUCACUGCCUCACACCUGCACCAACGACGGCAUUCAGACCUUCAUGCUAAUGUCUGAGGAAUGAGGAGCAUUCUAGCUGUGCCACACUGAAGAAAAUGAAUGCCAACCAGAGUUUUAGAUCAUAUGAUGGAAGUGCCGGUAGCGUGGGAGAGGUUUGACGAGUCUACACCCAGCUGUCCCAGUUCAAAAGCCACUGAUGAGACAAAUGAGCUUGAUCCUGAACAGAGGCAAAAGGAUCAAACACGUCACACUUGUCGCCUCAAGAAACUCAAAGCCCAUCAUGAUAAAUGUGAGGCUCAUUACAAGGCAGCCUGUGUAAAGAUGGCAAAUGAAGAGAAGGAGAGGACGUCUUGUCUACAUGAGAAGGGUUUAAUGCAAUCACAACAGUCAUCCAGUGAGAGUGACGAUACCAUCAUCCUUGGUCCAACACCAGCUGCAGUAAUCCAGGACAUGAGUGUGCCUGAGCUCGCCAGAACCAACAGUGUGAUUUUACACGAACAAAUGCUUGGAUACACAGAAGAGGCUCCAUCAAGUUCUGAGAUCAGUGAGGAAGAGUAUAUUCCUGAAUCUGCUGAAUCUGACAGUGACAGUUCAGUAGAUGUUAAACAGCUUAAGGGGAGGAAGAAAAGAGCCCAGAAAACAACUUCAGCUUCUUCUCUGGAAGUCCAACCACUUAAGAGAAGGCGUGUGACCACUUCUUGUUCCUUGGCUGCAAAAGACCCUGGAGAAUCUUCUUCAGCUGAUGUGAAUGACCCUGGAGAAUCUUCUUCAGCUGAUAUGAAUGACCAUGGAGAAUCUUCUUCACCUGAUGUGACAGUCAUGACCCUGAAGAAGAAGGAAGAUGGCAGUAGGGUUUACAAUAAAAGGUAUUAUUGUGUAUUUUGUAAUAAACCUUAUAGCAAAAUGUCACGCCAUCUAGAAGCAAAACACAGUGAUAAACCAGAAGUGGCAAAUGCACUGAAAUGCCCCAAAGGCUCUAAAGAGCGAUGGCUGCAGUUCUCUUUAUUGAGAAACAAAGGAAACCGUGCCCAUAAUAAUAAAGUGAUUAAAGAGGGAAAAGGAAUGGUCAUACCCCGUCAACAAUCCACCAAACCUGCAAAAGCUGCUGAUUACUUGCAUUGCAUCAACUGUGAGGGUUACUUCAAGCGGAAAUCCUUGUGGAGUCAUAUGCGGAGGUGUAACCUCAGUCAAAAAGUCAAAGGACUUAAGCCAGGAACAUCUCGAGUCCAAGCCCUUUGUAAAUAUGCAGAGCCAGUACCUGACAGUGUCAAUGCACAAUUUUGGAAACUAGUACUUAACAUGCACCAUGAUGACAUAACAAAGGUUGUCCGCAGUGAGAAGUGCAUCUUGAAAUUAGGAGAACAUUUGUUCAAUAAACAUGGCCAAGAUGUUACAAGACACGAAUACAUCCGACAGAAGAUGCGUGAGACCGCACGAGUUGUUCUGCAAGGACAGAAAGAUGGCAAGUUGGAGAUGCUGUCAGAUUUCUUUGUGCCAGCUAACUUCCCUCACGUCAUAGAUGCCGUUCAGAAGGUGGCUGGCUUGGACGAGAGAACAAAAGUCUUCAAAACACCAUCUUUAGCACUCAAGUUGGGUCACAACCUCAACAAAGUGGCCAGUAUUCUUGAAUGUGAGGCUAUGAUCUCAGGCGAUGAGAAUACCAUUCAGAAUGUGCGAGUUUUCAAACAGAUCUGUGAGACCAGAUGGAGCGAGUCUUAUUCCCUUUGCUGA